AUGGUCGGCAUGAUUGUAAGUUCAGGACGACCAAGCUCGAAAGAGAUAGUCAUGACCGCCGCGUUAACAACAUUCUUUGAGGGAAAGCUCGCCUUAGCCAACACAGCCGGCCUCGGUAGACUUUGUAUCGAGCUGGAGCCUCGACAACCGAGAGCGGAGGAGGCAGCAUUAAAGGUGAAUGUUGCCGUGCCUUGCUUGCCGUCAGCAGAUGACUUGAAGAAAUUUAACAUGGCGGACGACUGUAACGCCGCUCAAAUAGUGCGCGAGUCAUGCUCUGACCUCCGAGCUCUGGAGUUUGGUAUGUCUCUACUCGGUGAGGUCUGGAGGCGGAUCCGCGAGGGUUUGGUAAGCUCAAAACAAUACAGGGCUCGCAAGAAAGUUUUGCUUGAACUUGGGGCCAGUCUGUUCUCGGAAUGGGGGCGUGAUGCUGGAUAUUUGACCCCCGAAAAAAUGACUACAGCAGCCUCGUUACCUUUGUUCAUAUGUGAUCGUGCAUCGUACCAGCCUCGAUGGGUAGAUGCCUGGGUGGUUGUAAAAGCGGAUGAUUGGAUCGCUGACAUCUGGUCCGAGAAAAAGAUUCCGACGCGAUCGUGGGCCAAGUCGCUGCGUGAACUCUGUUCGAACAAGACACUUUGGGCAGCCGUAUUGGGCUUUGCCGCGGGUACCGCAGCCGCAUUUGUGAUACCCCAGUUGAUGUCUGAGUCCAUGCCUGUGUCGAUGUCUGAGUCCAUGCCUGUGUCGAUAUCUGAGUCGAUGUCUGAGUCCAUGACUGAGUCGAUGUCUGAGUCCAUGUCUGAGUUUCAGUCUCAAUCCAUGGUUAAUACUGAGUCACAGACAUCGGCGAUAAUUCCCGGAGACGACGGGUGUGGCCUGUCGUUCUUCCGCCCGACAGAGAACGGGUUAUGGACUCAACAGUGCGAGGAUGGAUUGGCCUACGUCGAACGCCGCUUGACGUCACCCCAAUGUGGAGGGGACACAUGCAAGCUGUUUGCUAAGCUUUGUGAGAGGUUCUGGGCAGGCCACGGCGUCCUGCAGCCUCACAUUGGCCCCAUCCCAAUGAAACUUAUCGAUCUCACGAACAAUGCUGUUGUCGACAGCGACAUACUCCCGAGGAAGUUAGACCACGUGAUCCUUCUUACGGAUGAAUUCGAUAACCCUAGUGGCUUCGCUUUGGGAAAGAAAUCCCCGCCAUGUGGUGUGUCUAUAUAA